AUGAAUUUCACGAAAGCGAGGGUCAAGGGAUUAGAUGUUGAGGUGGAGGAGAAUGCAGUCGAUUCUGUACUCGUGUCAGACAAGGAUCCUAUUGAAUCAACUAAUGACAAACCGGUCAGACCUACAGAAUCUGCGACAACUUCAUCGUCUGACACCGAUUCCACGACUUGUUUUCUAGAGUCAGAAUUAUUCGCUAAUAAGGACUUCAAACCGAUGGGUCAACCCAUUUGUACAAAAAUCGACGACAAAACAAACAAAUACGACAUCACUGUCUCGUUCAAUGAUCUGAUGGGUGUCUACGAAUGGAAAGUGUUUAAUCUGUUUGGAUAUAAUUUCACCGAAAGUGCUUUCAUAACAAUAAGAGAGAUGUUAAUAGAGUUCGUGAUCGUGGAGAAUAUGCAACACAAGUCCAAAUUGGAUGACUUAAAAGUGGGCAAAAUUGAUGGUUUGAAAGUGAAUGUGAAUAUUCCGGAGAGAAUCGCUUCCACCAAUUUCCUCAAACCAAUGCUCGAGUAUAUCAUCUCAAGAAUAUCUACAACUGUUGCCAACGGAUCCAUGGAUUCUAUUGUCCGGCAUAUGAGGGAUGUCUUCUAUGAUGCCAUUCAAGACAAGAUCAAAAUUAAGCCUUAA